UUUUGCGAUUCCGGGAAGACGACAUCAUGCGGCCCCGGUAGUGUAAUUACUUAGACAACAAAUAAACUUCAUAAGUUUACGGUUUACCCGACUUGAGCGACCAUUUUUCAUCACACAUGCUUGUCGCGCGCGAAACUGGGCGUUUUACCGCUCCUGCUCGGUGGUAGUCGUUGUUAGUUCAAAUUACAAACACAUUUCCAUCGGUCACCGUUCGUCAUGAAGCCAUUCUGGGGAAAUUUGAUUUUCCACUGUCUGUUGUUGCUCGCCUACGACGAUUACCGUUGCUCUGCCAGCGAAGUCCCGACAAAGGAAAACACCGACAACAAUCCCCACGAAUUCCACAUCGGGGGAGUGUUGAGCAGCAAUGCCAGCGAAGAGUAUUUUCACCUGACCAUCGAACAUCUCAAUUUCAAUACGCCAUUUGUGAAUCCAGGCAACACUUUUUUCGCUCAUUCCAUAAGAAUGGACCCAAAUCCCAUCAAAACCGCUUUAAACGUCUGCAAACAGCUCAUUGUGCGUAGAGUGUACGCCGUUAUUGUAUCACUCCCGCAGAUUGGAGACCUAUCUCCGGCUGCAGUUUCCUACACCAGUGGCUUCUAUCAUAUACCUGUCAUAGGAAUAUCAUCCAGGGAUUCUGCUUUCUCUGACAAAAAUAUUCACGUAUCAUUUCUUCGUACUGUUCCACCGUAUUCACACCAAGCAGAGGUUUGGGUCGAACUGCUCAAAUAUUUUAAUUAUUUAAAGGUCAUAUUCAUUCAUAGCUCAGAUACAGAUGGUCGUGCAUUUGUCGGUAGAUUUCAGACUACAUCCCAGAACCAAGGAGAGGACAUAGAAAAAAAAAUUCAGGUUGAAGCGGUGAUUGAAUUUGAACCAGGUCUCUCUCAUUUCAACAACCAACUCAAUGAGAUGAAGAGUGCUCAGGCCAGAGUGUAUUUGAUGUACGCCAAUAAAAUGGAUGCUGAGGUAAUUUUCAGAGAUGCGGCUGUUCGAAACAUGACAGAAGCUGGACACGUGUGGAUAGUAACAGAACAAGCAUUAGAUGCUGUUAAUGUACCCGAAGGUACAAUUGGAUUAAAACUAGUCAAUGCAUCUAAUGAGCUAGCACACAUUUAUGAUAGCAUAUAUAUUUUGGCUUCAGCAAUAACAGACAUGAAUCGUACUAAAACUAUCACUCAGCCACCCGCUGAUUGCGAUAACUCGGGAGCGAUUUGGGAUACUGGCAAAACUCUUUUUGAUUACAUAAAAAAACAAGUUUAUAAAGAUGGACAUACAGGAAAGGUGGCUUUUGAUAACAAUGGAGAUAGAAUUUAUGCUGAAUAUGAUAUAGUUAAUGUCAAAGAAGUGGCAUAUAAGGACGCUAUUGGAAAAUACUAUUUUGACAAUGAACUUAACAAAAUGAAACUUCGCCUUAACGAAUCAAAUAUUAUGUGGCCCGGACGUUUAAGAAAUAAGCCAGAGGGCUUUAUGAUACCGACUCAUUUAAAAGUUUUAACAAUUGAAGAGAAACCGUUUGUGUAUGUCAGACCAUUAAAAAAUGAGGUUGGGGAGAAUUGUGAAAAAGAUGAGAUUAAAUGUCCAUUGUACAAUACAUCAGCUAAAGAACCUAUAAUCUACUGUUGCAAAGGAUAUUGUAUAGAUCUACUCGUGGAACUGUCUAAAACGAUUAAUUUUACUUACAGCCUAUCACUUUCACCAGAUGGACAGUUUGGAAAUUACGAAAUAAGAAAUAAUUCAACUAGCGGAAAAAAAGAAUGGAAUGGUUUAAUCGGAGAAUUAGUUUAUGAAAGGGCGGAUAUGAUAUUAGCGCCUCUAACUAUUAAUCCUGAAAGAGCAGAAUUCAUAGAGUUUAGUAAACCAUUCAAGUAUCAAGGAAUUACAAUUCUAGAGAAAAAGCCAUCACGUUCUUCCACCCUCGUCUCUUUCUUGCAACCAUUUAGUCACACCUUAUGGGUACUCGUUAUGGGUUCUGUUCAUGUUGUGGCCCUUGUUUUAUACUUGCUCGAUCGCUUUUCUCCAUUUGCUCGGUUUAAGUUGAUCAAUGCAGAUGGAACCGAGGAAGAUGCACUAAAUUUAUCAAGUGCUACAUGGUUUGCAUGGGGUGUCUUGUUGAACAGCGGUAUCGGAGAAGGUACUCCAAGAAGCUUUUCAGCACGAGUGCUGGGAAUGGUGUGGGCUGGAUUCGCUAUGAUAAUCGUUGCAUCAUACACUGCUAACUUAGCUGCUUUCCUUGUGUUGGAAAGACCAAAAACCAAACUGUCCGGAAUAAAUGAUGCUAGGCUUCGUAGUACAAUGGAAAAUUUGACUUGUGCCACAGUAAAAGGAUCUGCUGUGGAUAUGUAUUUCAAACGUCAAGUGGAACUUUCAAACAUGUACAGGACUAUGGAAGCAAAUAACUAUGAAACUGCAGAAGAUGCAAUACGUGAUGUUAAAAAUGAUAAACUCAUGGCCUUCAUAUGGGAUAGUAGUAGAUUAGAAUUUGAAGCGGCUCAAGAUUGUCAAUUGGUUACUGCUGGUGAAUUGUUUGGUCGGUCUGGAUAUGGAGUCGGUUUACAAAAAGGAUCGCCUUGGUCGGAAUCAGUUACAUUAUCAAUUUUAGAUUUUCACGAAAGUGGAUUUAUGGAGAGUUUAGAUGAUAAAUGGAUAUUUCAAGGAAGAGUAGAACAGUGUGAAGAUCAAGAGAAAACGCCAAACACACUGGGGUUGAAAAAUAUGGCUGGCGUAUUUAUACUUGUUGCUGUUGGUAUAGUUGUUGGAAUGUUUUUGAUAGUUAUAGAAAUUGGCUAUAAAAAACAUCACGUACGCAAGCAAAAACGAUUGCAGUUGGCCCGUAAUUAUGGACAAACAUGGAGGGCCAUUGUCCAAAAACGCAAAGUUAUGAGAAUGCAAUGCAGAAGCAGUGGUGUGGGUGCACUUAGUCUAUCAGUUGAAGCGCUACCUAGAAGUGUGCUCAAUAUACAAAGUCCUAUAAGGUCGAUUGAAACAUUGCCAAGAACAUGCCGCAACUCGCCAAGUCCAACACGAGCAUGGUCCGGCCGACAAAUGGUACACAGAAAGAGUGACGAUAUACCAUUAAGAUCACCGAUUGGUGGCGUUCCUCCAUUACACUAUCACAAUAAUUUUAUGUAAUCUCUGCCAAUAUUGUUAAUAUUGCUAAUACAUGAAGUCUUAUAAAUCUUAUCUAAUAUUAUUAUCCUUGAUAAAUUGUGAGGUUGGAUUUAUCGUAAGUUUUAUGAGUUUGUCGAUAGGUUAUAUUCUCUUAGAACAAAAACAUUAGUAUAGUUCACCUUGUUUAACAAAACAAAUGGCCAUCUUCCUAUAUCAUGUUAACGGAAUAUUUUUGUUUUAUUAAAUUGUAUGUUAAAGAUAAAAAUUCUGUUAUAUGUUUUACUAUUUAUACAUAGUUAUAAUACAUGUUCAAAAUUUAAAUGUUUUAGUU